GAGCAGAGAUAUUGACACCGUGAUUUUGUUGGACUUUCUGUCUACAUUCCAAAGUCCAAGAAAACAUCAGAGGAACCAGCUAUGAAGGUGGUGCCCAUCUUUCUGCUGGUGACGAUCGGUAUUUGUGGUUAUUCUGCCACUGCCUUUCUUAUCAACAGUGUCCCUCUUCCUGUUGACAAAGUGUUACCUUUACCUUUGGACAACCUUAUUCCCUUAUUUGAUCCCUUGAAGAUGCUUCUGAAAACCCUGGGAAUUUCUGUAGAACAUCUGGUGGAAGGGCUGAAGAAGUGCGUGAAUGAGCUGGGGCCAGAGGCUUCAGAGGCUGUGAAGAAGCUUCUGGAGGCUCUAUCACACCUGGUAUAAAAUCUGCAUAAACAGAUUUAAGGUGCGAGUGAAGAGAAGGAUGUGCUCUCUCUGACUGGCUGGAUCUCAUUCUACCAUAUGUAGAUUGAAUGUCCUAAAGUUUAGGGAGUCUAAAAAUGUAUGAAUAAAGCAAUGAAAAGA